AUUGCGCUUGCGCAGUCCGAACUCGUGACGUUAUUAUUCCGCGACCAGACGUUUAUGCGACUCCCACAGCGAUGGCCAGCGGUAAAAAGAGUGCUCUACUCUCCUCUUUGGCGGACUAUGGAGACGACUCAGAGCCCGACUCGGACCCAGAACCGGAAGAGACAGAGGGGCGUGGAGUGGGUCUGGUGUACAGCUACGGUGAUGAUGAUCUGAACCGGACUGAGGAUAUCGAAGACAAGGUGUCUAGAGAUGAAGACAGCAGAGAGAGCAACUCGGAAAUGGAAGAAUCUGACGAGGGAAGGGACCCAGAUGAUGUGGAGAUCUCAGAGGCAGAAAGAAAGGACCCCAAUGAGCUUGUUGCUCUUUUCUCAGAGAAGGUGAGGAACAUGUCACCAGAUGAGAUCAGGAUCCCCCCUGAGCCCCCCGGACGCUGCUCGAGCCAACUCCAGGAGAAGAUCCACAAGCUGUACGAGAGGAAGCUCCAUGGAGAUUUUGACACAAACAGCCACAUCCAGAAAAAGAAAGAAUUCAGAAACCCAAGUAUUUACGAGAAGCUCAUUCAGUUCUGCAGCAUAGAUGAACUGGGAACCAACUACCCUAAAGAUAUGUUCGAUCCACAUGGCUGGUCAGAAGACUCUUAUUACGAAGGUCUAGCUAAAGCCCAGAAAGUGGAGAUGGACAAACUGGAGAAAGCCAAGAAGGAGCGGACCAAGAUUCUGCCGACGUGCCCUUUCGGUGGAGCUCCUCAGCAUUCUGUCGCAGUUAUUGAGUUUGUCACGGGGACUAAAAAGGGCACCAACCCCUCCAGCACGGCGGCGUCCACCACCAGCAACACCACCACCUCCACAGCCACAGACGCCCAGAAGAGAAAAAGCAAGUGGGACUCUGCGAUCCCUGUGACCCUGGCCCAGCCCACCCUCAUCAGCACCACCACCGCGACCCUGCCUGCCGUCGUCUCCGUGACAACCACUGCUAGCGGCACCAAAACCACCGUCAUCUCUGCCGUGGGCACCAUCCUAAAGAAAGCAAAGCAGUGAACGACGAGUGGGCAGUCUGUCUGCAUGAGUGACUUGAAGCUGGAAGACGUACGUUAUCCUUCGCUCAUUAUAUAUAUAUGUGGAAAAGAUGCAGAGCGAAGGCAAACGGACUGAUGGACACUUAGUAUAGCUUUUUUUUUUUUUAGAACAAACCCACAAACACCCUCUGCUACACACGGACAAAGACUUAACUGCCUUCUAUCUCUGGGAAUUUAUCUGCACUAUUGUAUCAUACAGCCAAAUUCACCGUUUGGUGAGAAAACUCAAAGACCCACUGAAUAUAAGAAAGUGAUGCAGGCAGAUCUAAUGCUGGUGAAACAUGUGUGGUUCUUUUUUUGAUUUGUCGGCAACAGUUGUUUGUCUGAAUGUGACGGUGACGAAAAAGGGUUCCAAACAGACGAGUUAGAAAUAUCUGAACUGUUUUUUUAUUUUUAUAUCCAUGAUUCUGGUGCAGUAUUUUAAUGCCACCUUCAGCAGUUAGCUCAACAUGUGCAUCGUUUUUUGUUUUUCAUCAUCAGCAUAUUUUGGCUCUGUAAGAUUUUUUACCCUUGUACAUAUGUGUUGAUGAUAAGGUGAAUAAAUGGAUCAGAUGUUGCCUUUUCA